GGUGCUUUGUAUCAAAAUCAAUUUUCUAGGAAUUGCACGCUCUGAAGAGCAAAUCGUCAAUUAAUAAUCGUUUGGCUUUAACAAAGAUCACAUUCUAACAUAUUAUGGAACCGCUUCAGAACAGGUUCAUGUUUACUUUCACUUUUAUUAAAGCAGCUAUGAUCCCUCAUGCCCUAACCUUUUCUUUUUGCUUUCUUGAAGUUAAAAUGACAAGUUUAUAACCUUUUCUGCAUUGUAGCUUCUCUGUAGCAAAGUUGUUCCCAUGAUGGAAACUCUAUUAGAGGAGUCAAAAAAAAAAGAAAGUCAUACAUCCCAUGCAAUUUUUAAAAAAAAUACUUUUAAUCCACCCAAUAUAACCUUUGCUCAUUUAUAUAAUCAGAAUUGCUUUAUUUCAAAACUUAGUGUACAUACAUGUUUAAUUUAAACACAGUUCUAUUAGUUAAAACCUGAUAGUAGUGCUGAAUUGUGUAUUGGUACCUUUUCUAUGCAGCCUGUUUUUGGCUCUAAAUGUUGUUUACAAAGAAACUGAAUUCCUUUUCACUGAUUAAGGGCACAAACUGUUCCUGCCCAGCUAGGGAAGCUUGCAGUUACUCCAGUGAGUUAAAGGGCACUAAGAUGUGACCAGAUUACAGAGACCAUUGAAAGAACGCCAUCACCAGUGUACCUAUUGUCAUCUGCCAAGAAUUUGCCAUUAUUGCUUCAGAGCUAUUAAUAUGGGAAGGAUUGCGUUGCUGUGGGUAUGUCAGACUGUAGCAUCAUGGUGAAAGCUUUACCUCACCCUUUUGUUGAUGCUUGGGACUUGGAGUGAGGUGUUUGGCAGGGCAAAACAGGCAGCUACAGUAUAAAUAGAGCAUGUUAUGGAAAAAAGUUUAUACACAGUGAUAUUCCUCCAAAAUUCUUACGUUAACCUUCUGCUAUCGAGCUAGCUAUAUUGUAUAAUCUGACUAAAACAGUUUUGUCCAGGUGAUUUUGAAAAUGGCUCGUCCUCUAUUCAGUCGGAAUGGUAGCUGGGAUCCUCUCCAGGACUGGCCGAGGUCAAGUGUUUUAGAUCAGUGCAGGGGAGCACCUUUUUUCCUUGAAUCAGAUGAUGGUAACUGGUUAAACACAGCCAGAAAAAGACUGGAAACCUCUUCCUGGCCUGGAUUUCUGCCAUUUCCUUUGGUAACUCCUGUUUGUCCAGAAGUGUCACCUUCACCCGGCGAUGGACGACAAUUUUCAGAUGUCAUUUGUGACAGUAAGACCUGGAGAAUCUCUUUAGAUGUUAGUCAUUUUGAUCCAGAGGAAGUUGAUGUCAAAAUCAACAAGGGCUACUUAGAAAUAGCAGGUAAACAUGAGGAAAGAUAUAACAACCAUGGGAGUGUUUCCAGGAGUUUUACAAGGAAAUACAAGUUGCCUACAGAGGUUGAUCUGCAAAAGAUGAACACUUCACUUUCUCCAGAAGGGGUUCUAUUAGUUGAGGUACCUGUUGGUGUUUCUUCCAACAAAUGUCCCACAGAGACUGUUAUCCCGAUACAGAUUAAGGAAAAACAUUAGGUUUGUCAUGUAUGUUAGGCUUUUUAAGCAUUGAAAAUAUCAUUGUGUCAAUUCGAUAUUUAGGUUACUUUAUUCAUUGCUAACAUAUGGUGCAUUCACAUUUUUUUCUUAUUAUGACUUUAAUAAAUAAACAUUAUCAAAAAUUGUUGAAUUAAAUGUUUGCAUUUAAGUGACACAGUAAAGCUCCAGCAACAAUUGGGCAAUUCAGAAUGAUUUGAUAUCCAUGCACUCAUAAAUUUACAGUUAAUUUUAUCACUCUUACUUGUACAGCACUACUUUGAAAAUCAGUAAUUAUUAAUGUUAUCAUUUUGCCUUGUGAUAUCAGUAAUUACUAAUGCUAACUAUAUAUAUAUAUAUAUAUAUAUAUAACAGUUUAAAUAAAAAAAUAUUAAUUGAUAUUAAUUGGUUUUAUUUUCACAUUAUCAAUAACAUACUGAUUACUGUAUGUAGUGCCUCUUUAAGCUCCUGCUUUUUACUUUUCAGUAAUAUCACAACCAGAUAGUUUUUACUUCAGGGGUGUGACUGUUGCAUACAUAAUUAAGUACAUGCAUUUAAGUUUGAAACUUUUCAUUACAUUGUAUUGGUCAUCCAGGCAUGGUAAAAUAGUCAAGGUGUAAUAUUUAAUCUGUAAACAGUUAUCUUGAACAAUUCAGUGUUUUUUCAAUCUUAAUUAACUGAAAGUCACAAAUGUGUUAUAAAUUCACAAUGGCACCUAUACUGAUAGAAAUCUGAUACAAAUCAAAGCUUUCCAGCCACCUUGUCAGGCACAUGCCAAUAUAUGACUGCAUUGACCAGCAGCGGUCAGGAUUCUACCAAGCUUAAAGUUUAAUCCACAACUAAACUCCAUGAUUUAAAAAGUAUAGUUCAAUUUUAUAUACAGGAAAGCUCUCCAGUGUGUCAUAUAGACUGCACAGUUCAUCUGUGGAGCAGCCUUCCUAUCACUCCAGGACAUUUACAACACCAGGGUCAUCAGGAGGGUCCAUAACAUUAUCAGGGACAAUACACACCUACAACACAACCUCUUCACACUUCUGCCAUCUGGGAGAUGCUACAGGAGUGUGAGAUCAAGGACAAAAAGACUCACAAACAGCUUCUAUUCACAAGCCAUCAGACUCCUAAACAACACUCAACACCACUACCUCACACCCCAUCACCCCCACUGACUGCUGCCACACAACACACUGAGCACCUUACUUAUGUCUAAUCUGUAUAUACUGAUUCUUUUUUAUUUAUUUAUUUUUAUUGGAUUUUUCAUAUAUUUUUUUCAAACCGUUGUGUUUUCACUGUGCAUAUGACAAUAAACCUCUCUUGAAUAUACAAAGGUUGGACAAUGAAACUGAAAAACUGGCUAAUAUAGUGCUGGAGGUUUUACGCCUAUAUAUGCACAGCCUAGUGGCCAGUCGUCAUUGAUUUCACAUUCCAAGUAAAAGCAGCAAAGUGUGAGGGUUGAAUUAGUAGACCAGUA